ACUGCUUUCUUUCAGUCUUCAUACCACUCUGCUCUUCAAAUUAGUUUGGGGGUUUUUUUGGAGGCUCUGCUUCUAGGCCUUGCCUGCCCAAAAACAUAAUAAAAGAAUCCAUUUCAAUCGCAACAGAGACGGGGAUGUUGCAGCUGUUCUUCACAAUUGCUUUCUCUGCAGCGCCGUUGACUCUAUAUGUCCCGCCUGUGAGGAGCUUGAAUCACUUCGUAGAGACCAUGGAGGAUCUGGUAAGGGAGUCGCGGGUGUAUACCCACAGGCUUUACCCACGUGCACGCUUCGUCUGGUCUAGGCUCUUGGAUUGCAUGCUUUGCAACUUGAGUUUAGAUUAGAGUAGGCUGUGUUGUGUUGUGCCAUCUCCUAACCCUACUUUAAUUAUUAGAUCUCUUUCAAUGUACAUAUGGAAUUUUGGUUUCUUUUGCCUCUCUGGUCAUGUGACAAAGGCUCUUGUUAUAGCCAGGAAUAAAAGUCAAAAGCAUUCUUUUGGUGGUUCCAUA